CAAAAGGUGAGUCACUUUCAUAGAAGGAGGACGCUCGAUCUUUUACUGCUCCUCCCUGAAUGUUCCGACACAAAACUCGUUUCAACCUGGCGUCGACGGCGAGUGUUUAUAUUCAUUCACAGGCGAACAGUUUUGGAAUAUUUUGACCUGCUGGAUUAGCAACUUUUUUUUUGCAAACGAUUGCUGAGAAGAGUUUUAUGCUGAAUUUACUCGUCCCAAUUAAUCGUCUUAAUUUUAAUCGAACGAAAGGAAUUCUGUUCGAGUUAUGUCAGAUGGAUAUAGUUUGAUGUUUGACUUCCAAAAUGAGGACUGUUUUCACAUGUGUUGAAAAAUUCGCAGCGUUCGAACGGAGAACUGGUUUCUGUCUUUUGAAGCACCGUGCUGUUGUUCAUUUUCUAACUGGAAGCCCAACACGUAAGAGCUGUGAAAAAAAAUGUUCGAAUUAGAAGUUCCCAUGGCUGUUAGAUAUGUGAUUGCGAACAUCUUUUUGGAUUAUAAUGCGACGUUUUAACUCGAAUAUAUUUGCGAUAUAUUUAUUUAUCGCAAUUUAAGAACUGUAAAACUAUGAUGUACUUUAAGCGUGGUUUAUAGUUCCUCGCUAGAACGAAUGGAAUUAUUUCUUCGUCUGUUUUAUGUGAUAUUAAUUUAUUAGAAAAGUUAUUUUUACUUCAAAAUUUUACGAGCUCGUCGAAUUUAGAAUAUUUUAAAAAUACAAAUGAUAAUUUAAGAACUUUUAUUUAUUUGAAUUAUUCUUUGCAAAUGACUUUGCUAAUUUCAAUUUAUGCUUCUUGAUGUUCGGAAGAAGUAUUUUUUGGAAUAUUUUCCAAUGUUAGUCAUGCUGCGUUUGUGGUGUUUAUCGUUUGCGAUCUCCGUUGUAUGGUGUUCUUCGACGGCGAAUCACGGCUACGUGGCUCCGGAGGACUGUGAAUGGACUGCCGCGGGAAGCUUCGGCUCCGCGUCGGUUUCGCUCACUUGCGUAGUUCGAACCAUCAAUGGUGCUUUCGAUAGUACGAACUUUAGUCUUAUUCAGCCUCAAAAUACAGUUAGUCUAAAAGUAAAAUGUGAAAACGUUCUUUUCGAAAGUGCUCUUGCGAACAAUUCUUUUCACCAUCUGAAGGAAUUACGGUCGCUUCAUAUAGAAUUCUGCAAGUUAAAGGAAAUCCCCUUGAAAGCUUUCUGGGGUCUGAAUGAACUGACGAAUUUGACUGUGAGGACUUACAACAGUGAAUGGGGUGAGAUUUUUCUAAAAAUCAUUCCUGGAAGUUUAUCGUCCCUGCAGAAGUUGACGAGAUUAGAUCUGAGCCGGAAUAACAUGCCUACGAUGACUCCUUCGCUAUUGUGCUCUUUACCGAAUCUUCAACAUCUGAAUCUGUCCUUUAACGAUUUCAGUGAAGUCGUGAAUCUAGGAUUCGCGGCUACCAAUCGUACACCUUGUCCAGUGUUUGUGCAAAACUUGGAUUUAUCCAAUAAUCGUCUGAAAGUGCUUAGUGAUUAUGGAUUUACAGCUCUUAGGCACUUACGGACGCUGCACCUACAAGCUAAUAGGAUAUCCAGAGCAGAAGAGACAGCUUUAUCUGGCCUAGGUAAGCUUCAAAUUUUAGAUAUCUCUAACAAUCUCUUGGUCGCUCUUCCUCCUGGAUUCUUUAAAAACUCUGAGCUGCUUUCCGAACUUUAUCUCCAAAACAAUUCCAUGAGUGUUCUUCCUCCUGGGCUGUUCUCUGGUCUUCAGCAAAUGUUGGUGCUUGAUUUGAGCCAUAAUUUGCUGACUAGCCAGUGGCUGAAUGCUGAUAUUUUUGCAGACAUGACUCGUUUGGUGGUUUUGGAUCUAAGCUACAACAAAUUAUCGCACCUUGAAUCUGCAACAUUUAGAUCUCAAUAUAGUUUGCAAGUGUUACAGUUGCACCACAACGAAUUAGUUAGCAUAGCAGAUCAUGCUUUUUCGUCCCUUUACAAUCUUCAAACUUUGGUGUUGACCCAUAACAACCUCACUUAUAUAGACGCCUUCACAUUUACAGGGCUUCAAAUGCUAUCGAUGUUGUCGCUUGAUUUCAACAGCAUACAAGCGAUUCAUAGUGAAGCUCUUAAAAAUUGUUCCAAUCUUCAUGAACUUAAUCUAAAUGUUAAUAAAUUGAUAGAAGUGCCAAAAACUUUGAAGUUCUUGCAACAACUCCGUGCUCUCGAUAUAAGCAACAAUAGAAUAUCUGUGAUAAGCAAUGCGUCUUACCAAGGUUUGAGACAUUUGUAUAGUUUACGACUUGCCGGAAAUUCUAUCGGAAACUUAACUAAAGGUGUAUUUGAAGAUUUACCUUCUAUUAGAAUUUUAAAUUUAGCCAACAAUAAUGUUCAAUCUAUUGAACAAGGCACUUUUGACGAAGUUCCAGAGCUGCACGCGUUAAAUUUAGAUUCAAAUAUGAUUUCAGAUAUAAAUUCUUUAUUUAUCAAUCUGCACGAUUUGCUAAUGCUGAACAUUUCUGCAAAUAGAAUAUCAUGGUUUGAUUAUGCAUUGAUCCCAAUAGGAUUGCAAUGGCUAGAUGUGCACGCAAAUCAAAUAGAAACUUUAGGAAAUUAUUACGAAUUAGAAUCUCUACUAAAACUUCGAACAUUAGAUGCAUCUUUUAAUAAAAUCACUGAAAUUGAAGCUACUUCUCUGCCGAAUAGUAUAGAAAUUCUUUUUCUGAAUAACAACUUCAUCAAAACCAUUCAACCUUUUACUUUUCUUGGCAAACAAAAUUUAACCAGAGUCGAAUUGAAAAGCAACUAUUUAGAAACUUUGGAAAUGAAUGCUUUUCGUUUAAGUGAAGUUCCAAAUCGCAGACCUUUACCGGAAUUUACUGUAUCUGACAAUCCUUAUAUUUGUGACUGUAAUAUGGAAUGGUUGCAAAGAAUGGCUACUUUAGAUGAGUCCAGGCAAUAUCCCCGAAUGACUGAUAUCGAGGAAAUACAGUGUAGUCUAACAUUCAAACGAAGGAAGUCAGUAGUACCUCUUACUCGUGCUCAAAGUUCGCAAUUUUUGUGCAGUUACAAAAGCCAUUGUUUUGCUUUGUGCCAUUGCUGCGAAUUUGAUGCGUGCGAUUGUGAGAUGGUAUGCCCAGAAAAUUGCACUUGCUAUUACGAUCAAAGCUGGAAUACGAACAUUGUCGAUUGUGGUAGCAGACGUUUAACUUCAGUGCCACGCAAAAUACCCAUGGAUGUCACAGAGUUAUACCUAGAUGGUAGUGACAUAUCGACAUUAUCCAGUCAUACUUUUAUUGGUAGGAAAAAUAUGAAAAUUUUGUAUUUGAACAAUAGUAACGUGCACACCAUCGAUAAUAGAACAUUUAACGGAUUAAGAGAUCUUCUAGUUUUGAAUUUGGCUUAUAAUCGACUUACCACUCUCCAUGGAUAUGAAUUUGAAAGAUUGUCACAUCUACAGGAGCUUUAUCUCUCUCAUAAUAUGAUAGCGACUAUCAGCAAUGUGACAUUUGCUGCUUUAAAGUCCAUCGAAAUCUUACACCUGGACCACAACUACAUAGUGCAUUUUCAAGUGUGGCUUUUGAAUGCAAAUCCACGCCUGCAGGAGAUAAAGUUAGCGCAUAAUUCCUGGACUUGCGAUUGCUUCUUCGUUGGCGAGUUGAAAGAGUUCCUCAAUCUCAAAGGCGAUUUUGUGCGGGACAUGUACGAUUUAGAAUGCCACUACAACCACAGUAGCAGUCAUUACAUGCUCGAUUUCAACACCACCGCGUGCAGCAACUUCACGUCCUUGCCGAUUCGUGCUGAAUUCGAUUUCAAAGAAAUGCUGCCUGUGUUUAUCGUGGUAUCUUCUGUCAUAUUUGUGGUUAUUUUCAUAGUGAUCUUAAUAUUUGUGUUCCGCAAGGAGAUGGGAGUCUGGUUCUACGCCAAGUAUGGCGUACGACUUUUUCAAGCCGGAAAAGGUCGUACAUCUCAGAGGGGUGGAGGCGACGAGGACAAAUUGUUCGACGCCUUUGUCUCAUACAGCAAAAAAGACGAAGCAUUCGUCACCCAAAUCCUUGCUCCCGAGCUUGAGUGUGGUAUGCCUAAUUAUCGUCUGUGCCUUCAUUACCGGGACCUUCCCGUUAGUGGAUAUAUAAUGUCCGAGGCUAUUAUGGAGGCUAUGGAAAGCAGCCGACGAACAAUUCUCAUUCUUUCCGAAAACUUCCUAAAAAGUGAGUGGUGCCGAUUUGAGUUCAAAUCGGCACACCGUGAGGUGCUGAGUGCCUGCCAGCACCGACUUCUUGUGAUAGAACUGGGUAAAGUGGACCCACAAGAACUGGAUCCCGACAUCCGGCUAUGGUUGAGGCAAUGUCCGGUAGUGAGGUGGGGUGAAAAACAAUUCUGGGACCGAUUAAAAUACGCAAUGCCGGAUGUAAGGCAUAGGAAAACAGAAAGGAACAGGAAUGACGUAAGUGUAGCUGUACAUAUAUGAAAUUAGAAUAAUUCUAUGAAACUUGUAAAUUUUUAUUAUUUGAAUGAACAAUUUUUUUUUUUCAUGACGGUAACGUGCACACUUUAUGGGAACGGUUAGUUCUAGCUCUUUAUUUAUAUUUCUAUUUUUGUCACUUAUUUUGUUGUAGUUAUUGUUGUAUCUAUCCAAUUCAAAUUAGGCAAAAAUUUUCUGAAUUUGAAGUGAUUUUAAUACAAAAUUUCAUUCCCUAACUUUAUAAUAUUCAAGAAUUUAAUAUUUGCUAUGAUAUUACCAUAGAUUUCUUAUUAAAUGACUAUAUUUGUUGAAUUAUGUCCCCAAGCUGUAUUGCUAUUUCUAUAUAUUUCUUAUUCUUUAAAGUGCCUUGAUAUAAAUAUAUAAAUUAUAUAAAUAUCUUAAGUUAUAAGUAAAGCUAUGGUAAUAUUUAUGACUUAAACAAAAUUUUUAAGAGUUUAUUUUAUUUUUAAUAUCA